GAAGGCGAUAGAGUGUGUUUCUCUCACCGGUGUCUGCUUUCAGUGACACUUCCUCACGAAGGGGAUCGUCGUUUAAACUAUAGUCUAUGCUUGAAGCACAGCUGGUACCACAGGGUGUGUAAUGUCACAUAGGAGUUUCGAUUAUUUUUGUAUCUUUUUCCAGACACAGAAAAAACAACCCCAUCGGCUCAUUGUCCUGUGCCUCGCCUAACUUUGGACGGUCCGUAUCGGGCUCUCUUUAUCCUGGUCAGUGUCGCUUGCACUUGGAGGCUGACUUUUUGCGUUGGAUAUGGGUGAAAUCUGCUCAAGGCGCGGGUAAUGACACAUAUAAAAGGAUGACGGACAAGGAAGCUUUAAAGGGACUCUUCUCUCUGUCAAUUGCAUGGUGUUGUCUGAUCUCAGUUUCUGGAGAGGUCAUCUCUCAAGACACCUACCUAAAUACUCUGCAGAGUGCAGCUCCUCUGUCCUGUUCAGAGGGCUUCACUGAGCUGGGUUACUACAAUGGCUCCGUGUCUCAGACUGACUCUGGUUCGCCCUGCUUAAAGUGGACAGAGUUCCCAGACUACGUCCUGCAGUACCCGAGCCGGGGGCUGGGCGACCACAGCUACUGCCGCAACCCAGACCGUGAAUCCAACCCCUGGUGCUUCUUCCGCCAGAGCUCUGGAGCCAUCGGCUGGGCCUACUGCGACUGCCACCAGGGAGCUGCCAGGUUGGUAGGUGGGUCCUCCCCUCAGAGCGGGCGUCUGGAGGUAUACCUAAAUGGCCAGUGGGGGGCUGUAUGUGAUACACACUGGACCGACCGCGAUGCCAGUGUGAUCUGCAAACAGCUUGGACUGGGUGAGAUCGGCACAGCCCUCCAGCACUCCUAUUUCGGGCCCGGCUCUGGACUCUUCCACUAUGAACGCCUUGGCUGCCGUGGCAACGAAAACUCUCUGCUGGACUGCAGGAGUCGGAAGUUUGUCACUAGCGACUGUAACCAUGGCAACGAAGCAGGGGUGGUGUGUGCUGCACCUGAAGGCAAUGGCGCCCCCUUGAGGUUGGUAGGUGGCCUGGAGGACUUUGAGGGUCGUGUGGAGGUGUACCAUGAUGGUAGGUGGGGCACCAUCUGUGAUGACCAGUGGGAUGACAUCGAUGCUGAAGUUGUCUGUCGGCAGUUGGGACUUGGGGGGGUACCAAAAGCGUGGACGUGGGCCCACUUUGGUCAGGGCUCUGGACCCAUCUUCCUUGACAGGUUGCAGUGUACAGGCAACGAGCUUUCCCUGGAGGAGUGUCCCCACAACAACUGGCAACAACACAACUGUGACCACAUGGAGGAUGCUGGCGUGUCCUGUAACCCAUAUACAGAUGGUGUGGUGCGGCUGGUGGGGUCUGACAGUCCCUGGGAAGGUCGUCUGGAGGUGUACCACUCUGGGGACUGGGGUACGGUGUGUGACGACAACUGGACUGAGCACCAUGCACAAGUGGUCUGUAGACAGCUGGGCUUCAGAGGGCGUGCAGAGGUGGCGUCAGACGGGCUGUACGGGGAGGGCACAGGGCUAAUCCUGCUGGAUGAGGUGCAGUGUAAGGGCUCAGAGGGCACCCUGCUGUCCUGCGGGCACGCCGAGUGGGGACGCCACGACUGCUCCCACAGCGAGGAUGUAGGGGUGCGCUGUGAGAGGGGAGGUGAAACCAACAAGGUGCCAGGGCUGCCACAGAUCACAGGCCCUCUGGUGCGACUGGUUGCUGGAGAGAGCCGGAAGGAAGGGCGUGUGGAAGUGUUUCUGAAUGGCCAAUGGGGGAGCGUGUGCGAUGAUGGCUGGAAUGACAUCAACGCUGCAGUGGUCUGCAGGCAGCUGGGAUUUAUUGGGGUGUCCAAGGCUCGCUCCAUGGCCUAUUUUGGAGAAGGCCAGGGCCUUAUCCACCUGGACAAUGUUAGGUGCACAGGGGCUGAGACGUCCCUGGGGGAGUGUCCGGCUGAGGGAGAAGAUGCCCAUGACUGCCGGCAUAGUGAGGAUGCAGGGGUCAUCUGUGACUACGUCCCCGAACCGGUGGGGGACGGUGCCAUAAUAACGCAGACCUGUGGCAUGAGGCCAAACACACAGCGACGCAGGAGGAGGAUUAUUGGUGGGGACAAGUCAAUCAGAGGGGACUGGCCUUGGCAGGCGUCUCUGUGGCUCAAGUCCCAGUCCAAAGGGAACCAUCCACUGUGUGGAGCCACGCUCAUCAACUCCUGCUGGGUCCUGACUGCUGCACACUGCUUCAAGAGGUUUGGCAGGGACCCAUCUCGCUACGUGCUGCGACUGGGUGACUACCACACGGAGGAGAGGGAUGACUUUGAGCGCAGCCUGUCCCCAGAGCUCAUCGUCAUCCACAGGAAGUACCACAGCCAGGGCUCGGAGUAUGAUAUCGCCCUACUCAGGCUGAAAGGCACCGAGGGCAACUGUGUGGCCUUCAACCCUCAUACCAACUCAGCCUGCCUCCCUGCGCCUGGCAACAAGUGGGGCAAGAGGCCUGCCGCCUGUGUCAUCACAGGGUGGGGCAUCACAGACUCGGAGUACUCCCGUACUCUGCUACAGGCCUGGGUUCCCCUGCUGCCCACCUGGAAGUGUAAAAAGCGAUACGGUGAUCGCUACACCAGCCGCAUGCUGUGUGCGGGCAGCCUUUCGGACAGUCGGCGCGUGGACAGUUGCCAGGGUGACAGUGGUGGUCCCCUAGUAUGUCAGGGGGAGGGUGGGCGCUGGGUGCUGACGGGGAUCAUCUCCUGGGGUCAUGGCUGUGGUGACCCCUCCUUCCCCGGGGUGUACACGCGGGUCAGCAGGUUCCUGCGCUGGAUUGACCAGGUCACCAACAACCCACCGAAAAUCUGAUGCUGCCAUCGUGCCAUUAGACAGCCAGUGUUAUCUCAUGAAUUUGGGGUUGAGAGGGAGGUGGGGAGAUUACCACACCCUGGUAUCUGCUCCUGGUCUCACCCACAUCCAGCAGAGUGCUUUUAAGUCCCUUUUUUUGCCUACACUUGGAGAAGCCUGUAAAUGGCAUUGAGCAUUCUUGAUUAUGUUGAAUUACCACUUUAAUGAGAGCAUUUAAUGCACCAGAAAGCCAGACUGCAUAGGUGAAUGACAUUGCACUAUAAUGCAUGCCAUACUAUCACCCUGCAACACCUGUGAAUGGCCAAUUAAUGGUGCCAUUGGGAGUAAGUCUAGUCAGGAGCGUUAGGUGGAAUAUCUUUAAGGUACAAGAUUGUAUAUGUAAAGUACAUACAGACAUGUGGCUUUUAAAUGAAUAUGGUUUCAUGAACAUUCCAGUUGUUCAUGCAUUUUAACUUAUGCCUACACUAAUGUGCUCCACUCUUGAUUGAAACAAUUGGUCAAAUUAGUCAGUAUACAGAUCGCUGGUUUAGACCAUAGGAGAGGCAUGAGUGGGCCUUUACGAGGCUCUGUAGACGUGGCAAUGAUGACAUGGCUACUCACAAUGACUUAAAUGAGGUCCUGCCUGUUGCCUGCCUACCCACAGUAUCUAUCUGUCUAUCACUUUUUCUUAGAAGCUGCACAUCCCUACUAUCAGUGUUAUGUGAAGCCAGUCCUUGGACAGAUCCACUAUCUUUGUUUAUCCACUCUUUGUACUGUAUGUGUGUGUGGGAGAGAACGUUUCUGUGUGAGUGUAUGUGUGUGUGCGUGCGUGUGUGUGUGUAUGUGUGUGUGAGAGAACGUUUCUGUGUGAGUGUAUGUGUGUGUGUGCGUGCGUGUGUGCACUGUCAAUUAAUGGUUCAUACAGCAUGUCAAUUCAGGCCUUAGACCAUAUCUUUGUGUUUUUGUCUCAAGUUGCAGUGCAAUUGCCAAAUGAUCAAUGCAAUCUUCUCAUCAUUCUUAUAAUUUAUUGACACACAUGAACACAUCGUACAGACCUACAAAGCCUACACAGUGCUGACGUUGCAUUUGUUCUAUGUUUUACCUGGUCACAUUCCACUCUGCUACUGAAUAGAUGUCUAGAAAUGUAACCACACAUGCUCAAUACCCCUAAGCUUCAUGUGGUAAUUACUAAUGCAAACUUCUAAACUAUCUGGCUGUUUAGAAGAACCUCUGGUUUAGUACUCUAAUCUAUCCCGAUAGUAAAUAGAUCUAACUACUUCCUAAUAACACCUGUACACUUGAUGGAAUGUUAUUUUACAAUUUAACAUCCAAAUGUUAUUUCGUUUUAUGGGGCUUUCAGUCACAUGACUGCAUGUUUUUGAUUGUCACUGAACAGCACAACUAAUUAUUUUGUGAUAUGACAUCUGUUAUUUGCUUUUGAACAUGCACACAAGAUUUUGACACAAAAGUUACUUUCUAUACUGAAAUGCUAAUCUGUACAUGAUGAAAAUGAGUUACACAAACAUGAUGUGGUGCAAUUUUGAAAGCUUAAAAUGAUGAAAUAUACACUUGUGUAUACUAAACAUUAGGAACCCCCCUCCUCCCUUUUCUAAUGUGCCAUCAUUGAAAAUAAAUAUUAGACAGUAUGCCAAAGUAAAAGCAGUACAUGUUCAGACUCAUAUCUUGCAAGUACUCUGUAUAUAAUACCUUGAAUGUGAACGUGUAUGUACUGUAUAAUGUGUUUUUGAGAGGUGUCAUUAAAUAUCUGCAUCACA